GUCUUUUUUCUUUUUUUUUUUAAAUAAAUAGGCAAUGAUAUAUUAAUUGCAGAAAUAGAAACAGACAAAAGGAAAUGAUAUAUUGUUUUGAAAUAAUAAUAAGAGAGGAAGAAAGAGGUGCGUUUGUGCUGUAUGGCGUGGCCGUGGGAAGGGCAAAGAGUAAAAACCCAAGAAAGAAAGAAAUAGUCGGUUGACUUGUGCUGCUUUGCAGUUGCAGCAAUAGUUUGUCGUAAAGAAAAGGACAGGUGAGGGGCCCAUGACCCAUAAGAAUCAAAAUUCAAAUGGCCACGCCGUGUUGUAACCUGUGAGAAAGACUUUUGACGUAGUAGACUGGUAUGAAAUUGGAAUUUGGAACAGAGGCAAAGCCUCUUGACCAAGACCCGAAGCUUCUCUCUUCUCCUACGGUCCCCCACCACACUCACUCUGGGAGGGUCUGCCUGUGUCAGUGGAAAAUUUUCGGGUUUUUUUGUUUUUUUUUUGGUGAUAAAUGUGGAAAAAUUUUGGGUUGGUUGGUUGGUUGGUGUUGAAUAAAAUCAAAUUAAAUAUGAAGAAAGAAGGAUAAAAAAAAAGAAACAAGCUCUGACGAUUAGCAAUGGAGACCACCGUGAGAAAUCGGACUGUAGGGUGGUGGUGGUGGUGGCGGUUGAUAGCGGCGUCGGCGUUGGCGUUGAUGGCGGUGAGAGUGGAAGGGCAGCAGAGCUACGUGGACAACCACCAGCUGGAUUGCUACAACCACUUCAACAGCACGGACGGGAACGUGUGCAACGGGGUGGAUUCGACAUGCCCGUCGUACCUGACAUUUCGAUCGCAGCCGCCAUACAACACGCCAACGUCCAUCGGUUACCUCUUAAACUCGCAACCGUCACAGAUCGCAGAAGCCAACAACGUGUCGGACGUGGACACCUUCCCAAACAACAGCCUGAUCCUCAUCCCAAUCAACUGCUCAUGCUCUUCCUCUUUCUACCAGCAUAACGCCUCCUACGUGUUGAAGAUCCAGUCCGAGACCUACUUCAGCCUUGCCAACAACACCUAUCAGGGACUCACCACCUGUCAAGCUCUCAUGUCCCAAAAUGGCUACGGUGAUCGGAACCUCCUCGUGGGUAAUCAAAUUCUGGUGCCUCUCAGAUGUGCCUGCCCCACCCUCAACCAGACUCGGUCUGCCUACAACUUUCUCCUCACCUAUCUCGUCACCUGGAAAGACGACAUUCCUUCCAUUGCCGACCGUUUCCGCGUCGACCCCCAAGCCAUUUGGAACGCCAAUCGCCUCUCUUCCUCCGACAUCAUCUUCCCUUUCACGCCCCUUCUCAUUCCCCUCCACUCCCAACCUUCCGCAGCCCAGCUUUCUUCGCCAGCGCCACCGCCAUUGGCAUCGGCGCCGCCUCCUCAAUCCCACAGCUCCUCCUCCAAGAGCAGCAAUAACAAGUGGGUUUUCGUGGGAGUUGGGAUUGGCUCUGCUUUGCUGUUGCUUCUCCUUGCCCUCUCCGCCUUCCUCUUCUGUACCCGACGUCGUCACAAGCCCAAGCAGCAGCAUAUGCAGAAGCCCAAGGCAGCAUCACCACUACCCUCACCCCCACCGCCCAAGCUGCUGCUGCUGCCACAAGAAGAAAAAGAAGAAGAAGAAGAAGAAGAUUUCAGGGGAACAAAAUCGGUGUCCCACGGUGUUCGACAUGCGAUAGAAUCCAUAAGCGUCUACAACUACAGCGACCUGCAAAUGGCAACUGACUCCUUCAGCGAAACCAACAAGAUCAGAGGCUCCGUGUACAAGGGAGUGUUCAUGGGAGAUGCUGCUGCCGUGAAGAUGAUGAAAGGGGACGUGUCCAGUGAGAUCAACAUAUUGAAGAGGAUCAACCACUCCAACAUCAUCAGGCUAUCUGGUUUCUGCGUACACGGGGGAAACACCUAUCUUGUAUACGAGUACGCGGAGAAUGGGUCCGUAGGAGAUUGGCUUCAACCCACCAAAUGCCAUCACCUCUCGUGGAAGCAUCGAGUUCAGAUCGCUCACGACGUGGCUGAUGCCUUGAAUUACCUCCACCACUUUACUAACCCUCCCCACAUUCACAAGAACUUGAACACCAGCAACAUACUUUUGGAUGGCAGCUUCAGAGCCAAGGUCUCCAAUUUUGGGUUGGCAAGAACACUGGAGGUAGAGGAUGAUAAGCAAGAGGAAGAUGAUGGGCCUAAUUUCCAACUCACCCGGCAUGUCGUUGGCACUCAUGGGUACAUGGCUCCCGAGUACAUUGAAAAUGGAGUGAUUACUCCUAAACUCGAUGUUUUCGCAUUUGGGGUUGUCAUAUUGGAGCUGUUAUCGGGGAGAGAAGCCACCACCACAAGAAGAGGCGGAGAAGGACAACAAGAGUUGCCGCUGUCUGAAUCCAUAACUGAGGUGCUUCAAGGAGACAAUGUGAGGGACAAACUCAAAGCCUUCAUUGAUCCUUCCCUCAAGGACGAGUAUCCUUUGGAUCUGGCCUUCUCCUUGGCACAGCUAGCUAAACGCUGCGUCGACCGUCACAUGAAUUCUCGUCCGGCAAUUUCGGAAGUUUACAUCACUUUGUCCAAGAUCCUCUCCUCUUCACUGGACUGGGAUCCAUCUGACGAGCUCGAACGCUCUCAUGGCAUUGGCAGAUCACAACCCAACGCAUAACAAUACUUCCCAUCUAUCUCCUACCUUACAAGCCCAUGGGUAAUUUGAAGAAUAAACUAUUGUAAAAUUAUAAAUUAUCUUCAUAUUAGACGAUACCCCUUCCAUAUGCUUAUGGUAUAUACCAAUGACAAGUCCUUUUGGCUACUUGUCCUUUCCUUA